AUGGCAUGCUCACUGCUUCCUGUGUGCCGGACACAGGCUCCAUGUGCUGGAGAGCUGUGCUGCAAUGCUACCAGCAAAACAAGAAAUGCACAGAAUCUCUCCAGCUGCACUGCUCCAAUCAAAUCUAGAGAAAAGGAGCCAUGUUUUCAGACUGAAGAGCAACAAGUUUAACAAAAACAGCCACACAACAACCCCAGCAUAAGAGGUCAAGGAGGUCAAGAGGAAGUGCAUUGCCUUUUCUGGGUGAAGGCAGAGGACUGUGAAAGAAGCACGAGUAUGAGAAAAAAAGGGACUAUAGGGGAGGCAACCCUUCCAUACAAACUACUGGCACCUGCAUCUCUUCAGCCCUAGCUGAGUCCCUGGUUCAGGCUGAGUCGAGCAUCUGGAUUCUUUCUUCUUUUCCCAGCUUCAUCCUUCUUCCCCUCCUACUUCCAGGCAGCCCUUCCUGAACAGCAUGAAGCUUUGGAAAGGGCUCUGCCUCCCCACUGAGCCCAGCCAUCAUUGUUGUGUGCUGCACGUUGUCCUCCUCAUCUGCUUACUUCACUGUUUCUUCCUUUCCCCUUCUCUGCCUCUUCCUCUGCCUCUAAUGAUUUCGAUGAAGGCUGAGAAGAUGGAGGGAAGAGGUGUUAGAAGCUCACUGAGAAGACUGAGCUUGAAAUGGCUUCUGUGGGUGGAUGCAGGAAAGCUGGUCAGAAGUGUACGGGAAGAUUUUAAGGGGGAAGAUAUAGUGAGGGUCCUGGAAAUGGAACAGCAGACAUCUUCUUGGGGCUGGAAGAAGUAGGAUGGCAUUUGUUGGGAACUACCACUCUCUGAGAAAGGUCCUUAGCACAGAAGAAACAGCCCGUGCAUGGGCCAGCUAGGUGUUUUGGGGGCCAGCGAUACUGAAGGAGUGAUUGCAUUAACUAGCCAGCCAGUUCCUUCCAGGCAGUGCAGCAUGAAGGGAGAAGGAAGAGCACUGGUGGCACCUCCAGAGAAACAGAAACGUAUUUCUCAAACUACAGCCUUUGGUGCACUUUCUGACUGAGAAAUAGAAAUGUGUAGAGGGUGAAGGACAAGAAGUGUGGUGCUGGUCAUGCAUUAAUAGUGGUGGUAUAGGGAGUGGAGGCUCCUUUCCGAUGGUUUGUAGCCUGAUUUGUUGUUUUGAGGUCUGUUACCAACAAUACAAGGAUUGUUGGCUAGAUAUUCACAGUUCCUCUGGUUUGGUUUUCACUGCAUCAGAUAUUGAAGACAAAGAACAAAAGUUUCCUUUCGUGAGCUUUGAUUUCAAGGCUUACUCUUGCCCUUGCUUGAUACACAUAUAGCAAAGAAAACAAGGUAAAUGUGGGAUGAGCAGGGCUGUUUGCUGCAGGAAGAGCUGCACCAUCCAGUCUCCAGCAAUCCUCCCACUUCUCAGCCUGCUCUGGCCUGGAAGAGGAGAAGCUUCCCUCAGUCCUGGUAUUUCCUUCCUCCCACCCACCCGCCUGAUUAUUUCACUGUCAUAGAAAGCAGAACAGCACAGGAGACAUCCUCAGGCAGAUGCUAGCUUGCUGCAGCGGCAGAGAACGGCUUCUCACAACAGAAUCAUUGGAAAAGAGCUUGUCACUGGGGCAGCAAAAAGGAGUGGGAGGGAUGAGAAGUGAAUGGAGAUGUCAUUUAUCAUGCAAUUCCAUCAGUUCGCUGCUAGGAAAAGAGAGGGAACAGAACAGGCCAACAGAGACCAAUUCAGAGGUGGACAAGUCGGCAUCACCCUCAGUGGCUCAGCUAGCAGGGAAAUUCAAAGAGCAAGCAGCCAGUAUCACUGGAAAAGAGGUGCCACCACAUAAGCCAACUCGGAGGAAACCACCAUGCUCCCUUCCGCUGUAUUCCAACAAAACUGAGACAAGCCACAACAAUGAGCAAAAGCCAUCUCCAAACGCUUGCCCUGUAGCCAAGGUCAAGGUGAAAAGCUCCCCCAUGAUUGAAAAGCUGCAGGCCAAUCUGGCUUUUGCGCCAGCAGCUCUGCUGCCGGGAGCAUCUCCCAAAAGCCCUGGUCCGAAAGUCAUGGUUUCUCCGUUCAGCACCCCUCCCUCAACGCCCAGCAGCCCAGGAAUCCAGCCGCAGUCCAGUGAAGCAAGUGAGACGCCGGUCAGCUUUGAUAAACCCCCGGAAGGCAAUCAGCUGCAAUCCUAUAACAAGGUGCGGACGCGGGGAUCAAUAAAGCGUAGGCCUCCCUCCAGGAAGUUCCGAAGAUCUCUGUCCAACUGUGGAGAUGGGGAAGAUUUAGGGAACAUCAUUCCCUCUCCAGAAAAUGGUGCCAAGGAAGAUGGGGAUGAGGUGUUUGGGGAUAAGGGCAAGACAGAGGAAGCAGAAACAGGGAACAAAGAAAUAAAGAAACAGAUGGUGUCUGAUGAGAAGCCCCCAUCAAGGAGAGGAUCCAGCAGAUCAGAAAAUGAAGAAAAAGGGGAAAAGCAAGCGGAAGAAGUGACUCCUUGCAAGAGUAAUGCAGGGGAUACAGAAAAGGAGGAGAAGGAGGUGUGUUGCGGUGCUCCAGGAGAGGAGAACUCACCACAGUCAGCUUCUGAAGACAAGGAAGAUAAGGUGGGUGAGGCUCCUCAGGGGCAAGAGGAGGAAGGUGGUGCCUGUGAACAGGAGAAGGGAGACAAAGAGAAGGAAGAAGCUGAAGAAAAGGAGACCAGUGAGAGCACAGACACACAGAGAACAUCAGAUACUGAAGAAACACCACUGGCACCUGAACCACUGCAGGAGGCAGUGGGUUUAGAGACUGCCAGUGAGCAUUCAACAUCACCCAUGCAGGACCAGGUCACAGAGUAGCCAUGAUGCACAUUAGGACGUACCCAACCAGGACACAGGAGAUGACGUGUGAAUAGGAGCCAUCUAACUCAAUCAAGGUGGAAGCUACUGGAAAACCUUCAGUGGCAGGAGAGGAGCACAGUACAGAUAUUCCCCGAGGUCCAGACUGAUCCCAGAGCUGAGUGGCUGCUCACCAUCUCUCUGCUUUCCACCAUCAUAUUUUGUGACAGUCAGAACAAGAGACUGCCUUACAAUCUCUUGAGAGUACAAAACUGAGGUGUUGGCUGAUAUCCCAAGGUGGUAACCGGAGACUGAGAGACCCGCUUGCUAUGUGCUGUCCUGGACCGGGCAGCCGCUGCCACUCCUGGGCCCUCUGUUCCUUAUUCCUGCUGAGCUACAGAAUGUCAUUUUAUUCUCCCCUGUAUUGGUCUUAGAUGAAGUUCAUCAGUUACAUACAUAUGUGUAUGGUGCCUUUUCAGUAGCUUCUUUUGAAAUAUCUCGGGUUUUCAAAUUUCAGUAAAUAAUGUUUUCAUAGUAGGAAAAAAGAGUAUAUUUUCUCCAUAUAUGUUAAUGCAGAUAAUGUGAACCCUGAAUAUGGGGAAAUCUCUUAGGAAAUUGUUCAUUAAGCAUAAAAUGCCUUUGAAGUGGGGGUUGAGCUCGCUGAUCUGUGAAACAUCUAGUCAUGGUGGGCAGUUUUUGUGUACUUCAACUUUGGAGUGAUUUUAGUGCUGGUGGAAAGUAACAACAAACAGACAUGAGGCACAGAAAAGUUGUGCUGUGCAGGUCAGCGGGGCAAGUUCUCUUACCCAAUGCUGUGGUCCAGUCCUGAUUUAGAAGGGCCACCUGUCCAUCAGUCUUUUUAACAUCUAGACUCUGCCUUUUGAUUCUCUUUUGAAGCUACUCAGUGGCACUUCUGACAGAAAGCAUCCUGACUUACUAGAAACUGCCUAUUAAUUAUACGUGAGUUAAAGAUGAGGUCUUAGAUGGCUGAGUCAUUUCAAAUCAUGUGACCUGACUGUAUAUGAUUUGGUGCCAGACAGAUAGCCAGUCCCUCAGAAGUUUGUAGGAUUGGCAUUGUACUAGAUUUCCACUCACUCCCGGAGUAAUAGCUAAGAUAUGGGACUAACAUUUCUUAAGUUAAAAAAGCUUUUACAUCUACGUCUAGGGAGUAUGAAAUAAGUUACGCAGGGAAAGAAAACAGGCCCAUACCUAAUUUCCUGUCAGUAGUGCUUGAAGCUGUGACCGUAUUACUGAAUAAAAUGCUGCUGUGGCUCAGGGCCAUUGGGCUCGUGUCCUGCAGCAGGCUGCCGUGGGGACAGCUGGCCAGGGCUGCCCAAAGCUGAGCUGCACCGUAGGGUGGCUGUCAGUGCCGUGAGCGGUGCAGGGCCAGUGCUUGCACCUGCGGCAGUCACCCAGGGUUCAGCAUUACGGACACUGCUACAGAGACCAAAGGCAGAGCUAGGCAGCUUCUCUUUGUCCCUCACAAAGCUCUUCCUAGCAAAUGUUAAGCUGAGUGGAGUCGGAGGUUCACGCUGUCCCUUGUCCUACAGGCAUGCACAAGGAUUUAACACGACACAGCCCACAUCCUUCCUGCACUGCGCUCUGAAGCACAGCACUGUUACAAAACCCAGGGUUUGGAGAGAUGUCCCCUUUCUGUUCACCAGCUCUAAAAUCACAAAGGAAUAAAUGCCUCUAUGCCCUGCCUCUCUUUUCCUCAAGUGAGAGCACUGAGGGGUUACCUGUCAAGAGCCAGCAGCGCUGGCCCUGGUACACAGAACAGGCUUGUUGGCAAACGCGACCCCCACAUCCUUUUGAGCCAUAUUGUGGAGUAUUGUGGCCUUUGGACCUAUUUCAAUGUGUUUGUUAAAGCUUGUAUUCCAGGGCAGGCUGCAAUCAUUUGCUGUAUCCUGUUUCCUCUCUCAGCAGCAUCCCACCUGUGAGUGACUGUGCCUGACUGUACAUAUCAAUUCAUGUGUGCCUGUUUAGAGAAUGAGCAUGUGUGUCCCGAGCAAGGGAGUGGAAAUCUGAGGGAGAAACAGAAGAAAUAAAUGGCGGAAUAAAAACAAACCAAAACAAAA